GCUUUCCUAACAAGCUUAUACCGAGAUUAACAUCACAAUGGUAACAGAACAUACGGCUUCCUCAUCAGCAUUCAGCCCUUAAUUUAUAUAUAUUAGUGCAUCGAGAGUUGACAAUUAUGCCUGUUAAAUUGAUUGGUAGUAGAGGAGAAUUGGAAUUGAGAGAAAGAAUGGGUGGCAAGAGCAUGAUGAAUAUGGCUGUACUGAUGUUGUUGUUAGGGGUAACGGUGGUGACAGCAGCCAUGUCACAUGAUUAUGGAGAUGCGUUGACAAAAAGCAUUUUGUUUUUCGAAGGGCAGAGAUCAGGGAAGUUGCCUUCUAAUCAAAGGAUGAAUUGGAGGAAGGAUUCUGCCCUUAGAGAUGGAUCUGAUAUUGGUAUGGAUAUGGUUGGUGGGUACUAUGAUGCUGGUGACAACGUAAAAUUCCAUUUUCCAAUGGCAUUCACAACAACGUUGUUGGCGUGGAGUAUAGUAGAGUUUGGUGAAUCCAUGGGCUCAGAUUUGGAACAUGCGUUAGAGGCUCUACGAUGGGGUACAGACUAUUUCCUGAAGGCCACAAGCAAACCUGGCAUGGUUGUUGCCCAAGUCGGUGAUCCCAUCAGUGACCACACAUGUUGGGAGAGACCUGAAGACAUGGACACUCUCAGAACUACUUACGUUGUUAAUCAAACCCAUCCUGGAUCAGAAGUUUCAGCCGAGAUUGCUGCUGCUCUAGCUGCCUCUUCUAUCGUGUUCAAGGACAAAGACAAACGGUAUUCUAGUGUACUUCUCCAGAGGGCAUCCCAGGUCUUCGACUUUGCAAACAAUUAUCAAGGAUCUUACAAUGAAAGUAUCGGACGAGGGGCAUGCCCAUUUUAUUGCGAUUUCAAUGGCUACCAUGAUGAACUAAUCUGGGGAGCAGCAUGGUUAUCCAAGGCAACUCAGGACCCCAAGUACUGGGAUUAUGUUGUAAAGAACAUGGCAACUCUAGGAGGCAGUAUUUUUGAGUUCGGAUGGGAUUCAAAACAUAGUGGGAUUAACAUAAUUGUUUCUCCAAUUUAUUUCGAUCCACAGAAGGUGAUGAGCUCCUCUGGUAGUUCCUUCAUUACCAAUGCUGACAGUUUCGUGUGUUCCUUGUUGCCUGAGUCACCUACCAAAUCAGUAACAUACUCUCCAGGCGGGCUUAUGUUCAAACCAGGAGGAUGUAACUUGCAACAUGCAACGGCUUUAUCAUUUCUUCUUAUUGUUUAUUCUCGCUAUUUACAAGUUGCCAACCGAUCAGUUCAUUGCGGUUCUGUGGUUGCCACCCCGUCGAGACUCGUCGAGGUCGCCAAAACCCAGGUGGAUUACAUACUAGGAAGCAAUCCAUUAGGGAUGUCGUACAUGGUUGGAUAUGGCCCAAAAUUCCCACAGAGAAUUCAUCACCGAGGAUCGAGCUUGCCUUCCAUGUCUACUUUCCAUAAACAUAUUGGAUGCCAUGAUGGCAACAGCUAUUUGGCGACCAAAAUGCCUAACCGGAACGUCCUUGUAGGGGCUAUUGUUGGAGGACCAGACAACAACGAUCAAUUUCUUGAUAGUCGUCUCAAUGUUAGUCAAUCAGAACCAGCUACGUACUUUAAUGCACCUUUGGUUGGAGCCUUGGCUUUCUUCAAAGGUGGAAAAUAGAACUUUUCAUUUUGUUAUUAGUAAGGUUUUGUUUGGUUAGGGGAUACAAAUAACUGUAUCUCAUGUUUAUUUCUUUCUUCAUUUUUUUUUUAAUUAUAAGAUGGUAACUAAAUGUUACUUAAUAAUAUAAUAAUUAAAUAAUUUUAUUGGAAAAAUAUCGUAUGACAUGUCUUCAUAGGCCAAUUAUUUUUUUUAAUUAUAUUUUAUAUUUAUUCAAAUACUAAAUUAUUCAUCAGCUUAUAUAAUAGUAACUAAUUAAGUAUUGUUUAUAAACACAGGGACUAAGUUAUAAUUGCCUCUAUUCCACCUGUGGUGGG